AUGGUGCCUACUGCGAGCAACACAACGCGCUCGCUGUUAGUUGUGUUCGCCGCGGUUGGGGUCGUGCAGGCUGCGAAUCUAACGAGCCUCGUUAACCUCUUCAUCGGGACUGCAUCCGGUGCCAAUGGCGGGAGCGGGGGCAAUGCUUUCCCUGGAGCUGCCAUCCCGCAUGCGAUGGCCAAGGUUGGCAUCGACGUGAACGAAACCCCACGCCAGGCGGGAUAUAUCCAUGACAAUUCUACCGUCACAGGGAUAUCGCUCAUGCAUGAUGAGGGCACGGGCGGGAACACCGCUGGUGGUUACGGCCUGUUUCCGCUCUUUCCUCUUCUGGGCUCCAACUGCACCUUUUCGGACUGCCCUGUCGGCAUCAACCAAAGGCAGGCCCUGCGAGCCGCGAACACGGACGCGGCGUCCCCGGGCUACUUCACCACCACGCUCGUCAACGGGAUCAAGUUCGAAACCACAUCCACCAGGCGCGCUGGCUUGAUCCGGUUCACUUACCCGAGCAGCACCACGCCGAACCAUGUCGUGGUCGAUUUGACGGACGACCUCCAGCGCUCCUUCCAAGGCAACGGUAGACUCACCUUCGACUCCACUUCGGGCCGUGUCGAACUCUUCGGCACGUACUUCCAGAGCUACGGGGAGAGCAACUACACCGCCUACGGGUGCUACGACUUUACGCCGCCCUCGUCCUCGCCGCUAGUGGGCACACAGAAAAUUGUGGCGAACUCCUCGGGGACGUACCAGUCUCCGGCGACGGCCGCAACGCCACUCACGUUCACGCCCUCGACUGCGGCCAACUUCUCCGCCAUCUCGUACGCGUUCGCAGGCGCCACUAUACCCGCGCAGGCAGGCGCGUUAAUCAGCCUGCAGGGAGGCGAUAGCGUGACGGUCCGGUUUGGGAUAUCGAUGAUCAGUACGGCGCAGGCGUGCGCGAACGCGGAGUCGGAGGUGCCUAGCUGGGAUUUCGACGCGGUGAGGGCCGCGAGCGAGGGCGAGUGGGAGAGCGUGCUGGAGAAGGUGCAAGUGAACGUGGCGAAGGAGAACGCGAAUGUGGUCGAGUUGCUUUAUUCCUCGCUGUAUCGCUCGCACCUUGUACCUGCAAACUUGACUGACGAGAACCCGUACUGGGACAACACGUUUCCCUUCUACGAUGCGCUCUUCUGCUCAUGGGAUACUUUCCGUACCGUGCACCCGUUCCUCUCCCUCGUAUCCCCACGCGAAUGGGCGGGCAUCGUGAACACUUACGUUGAUGGAUGGCGACACACCGGUUUCAUCCCCGAAUGCCGCGCGAACACGAAACCGGGCUUCGUCCAAGGCGGCGACGACGGCAUGCCAAUCCUCGGCGACUUCGCGGUCAAGUACGCGGCGCACGCGUCCGCACUCGGCGUGCCGCUCGACGACCUCUACCAGGCGCUCGUCGACACCGCCGAGAACACGCCUGACGACUGGUACACCGUCGGCAGGCAGAACACGGCCUGGACGACGUUCGAUUAUAUCCCGACGGCAUGGGUCGAUCCGUCUGGGAAGACGGGAUUACCGACGCGCGAGGCGUCGAGAACGCUAGAGUAUGCCGUGGGGGACUUCGCGGUGCGCCAGGCGGCGAAGGUGCUCAACAAGCCGGCCUCGGAUAUAGAGAAAUACACGAACCGAUCGAUGGGCUUCCGGAACAUCUGGGACCCGAAUCAGACUAGUGACGGGUUCAACGGAUUCAUGCAGAAACGCUUCGCGAAUGGAACGUUUGACCCCACUCCGCCGAACGCGUGCUCACCUGUGGACCCCGUUUCGCAUUCGUGUGCGCGGGGUACAGACAAUAAUGCUUCGUCCUGGGAGUACAGUUUCUUUGUGCCCCAUUCGAUGGCGACGAUGGUUAACUUGAUGGGCGGCAAUGAGACGUUCAUCAGCCGACUCGACCACUACUACUCGGCUGGAUACUUCCUGGCCGGGAACGAACCGGGGUUCCAGACCCCUUGGCUGUACCACUAUGCCAACAGGCCAGACUUGAGCGCACUGCGUGUCCGCGACGUCGUCUUCAACAACUUCAACACAGGAGUGGGCGGGAUCCCCGGAAACGACGACUCGGCCGCGAUGGCCGCGCUCCUGCUCUUCCACAUCCUCGGGAUGUACCCCGUCCCGGCCUCGAAGCAGCUCCUGAUCGGCUCUCCGCUCGUCUCGGGCUUCAAGCUGACCAACGACCUGCUCGGGACGACGACCUCCUUCGUCGUCGACGGCUUUGACCCUAACGGGCUCGCCGCCGCGCCACCGAGUGGGAGCGCCGUGUUCGUGAAGCAGAUCACGAUCAGGGGCAAGCCGAGCGAGAGCCUGUGUUGGAUCGACUUUGACGACGUCGUGGGCGGGGGCGAGAUUGUGAUCACGGUCGACGCGGACCAGGCCGCGGCGCAGGCGAGGGGGUGCGGGAGCGGGUCGAAGGCGUUGCCGGACUCGUUGGGCACGGGUGGGUUCUGA